AAACCGGGUCAGCAUGACGUCACAUGCUUCAGUAACCGGCGCGCUGCGCGGAAGAGCGGCGUGUGUUCGUGAUCGCUAUCAUUUCUCUGGAAAUUACUCUUUGUGAGUCAUUAUGGCCUCAGAUGAUAUUUCCCAACUGGCUGAUGCACUUUCCAAGACCCAUGUCGGAGAUGGAGAGUUGAGCUACAAAGGCCUGGGACUGAAGCUGGACAACGCAGCAUCAGUGGAGGACCUGGUCCGUGAGAUAGAGCAGUACCAGGGUCUGAGAGCUUUGCGCCUGGAGGGCAACACUGUGGGAGUGGAUGCAGCCCGGGCCAUCGCCAAGGCUCUGGAGAGCAAAGACCAACUCCAGAGAUGCUACUGGAGUGACAUGUUCACCGGAAGAUUGCGCUCUGAAAUCCCAACAGCCCUGAGGUCCCUGGGCUGUGCAUUGAUGAGUUCAGGGGCCCGGCUGACGGAGCUGGACCUGAGCGAUAACGCCUUUGGGCCGGACGGUGUGAGGGGAAUCGAGCAGCUGCUGAAGAGCCCUUCCUGCCACACCUUGAGGGAGCUGAAGCUCAACAACUGUGGCAUGGGGAUCGGCGGAGGAAAGAUCCUGGCUGAAUCCCUGAUCGCGUGCCACAGACAGUCAUCAGCGCACGGAGCUCCACUCAGACUGAGAGUGUUCAUCGCUGGGAGGAACCGCCUGGAAAAUGAAGGAGCCCGUGCCCUGGCCAAAGCCUUUCAGCUGAUCGGCAGCCUGGAAGAAGUCCACAUGCCCCAGAACGGUAUCAACUACGCCGGUGUGAUGGCGUUAGCUUCAGCCAUGCGACACAACCCAGAGCUCCGCGUCCUCAACUUCAAUGACAACACCUUCACCAAGAAAGGAACGCUGGCCAUGGCACAGGCGCUGAGACACCUGAGGAAUGUGCAGGUGAUCAACUUCGGCGACUGCCUGGUCCGCUCUGAAGGAGCCAUCGCCCUCGCUGCAGUCCUGAGAGAGGGACUGCCAAUCCUAAAGGAGCUCAACCUGUCGUUCGGGGAGAUCACAGAGGCAGCAGCGCUAGUGGUGGCUCAGGCUGUCACGGACAAACCUCACAUGGAGAAAGUGGAUCUGAACGGUAACUGUCUGGGAGAUGAUGGCUGUGAGGCUUUGAGAGAACUAAUGGAGAACAUGGACAAAGGAGACAUGCUGUCAUCACUCAGUGAUGAUGAGGGAGAACCUGAGGAUGAGGAGGAUGAUGACGACCAUGAAAACGGUGGUGGUGAUGAUGAUGAUGACGAUGCAAAUGACGACUGUAAUGAAGACAAUGAAGAGGACAGAGACAUUGUGAAGGAAAAUGGAAUAAUAAGAAGUCCUGACAGUCCUGAAAAACCUCAGAGCCCACCAGAGAUCAUGUCUUUCCUCAGCUGCCCCUCAGCGGAGAAGCUCCUUCAGCUGGGAGAGAUGAGGACGGACCUGCAGCAACAGGUGGAUGUGUGUGACCCUCACAAGGCAGCAUGUGUCCUUCUGAAAAUCGCGUCUUUGUACAGCGAGGAACCAGAGACCAAGACAGCCGUCCUUGAGACUAUUGACGCCGUGUUGAAGAAGCUCCUCUCUGCUUCAGCCCUCCAGUCGUACUGCUUCCUCUCCACGCUGCUGGUCAUGAUGGGACUCCUCAAGGGAGAGGACAAGAUGAAAAAGGUGUCACUGGUCCCAGGUCAGCUGCUGUGUCUGGAACACGCCGUCCAGCAGGAAUACUUCCUCCAGCACCACGCCUCGCUGCUUCACACCUUCACGUCCAAGAACAGCGGAGCUCUCAAGUGCUGCAGCAGUGCCGGAGAGAGGCUGAGCUCUGCUCUGGAGAAGAAGUGCUGCGACCAACACUGAUCCACCGACGCACACCGCACUGACACUCAUCUCUCCACCAACAAAACCAACAGGGACGCUUUACACUUGAACAUGGGAGUCAGACAACCACUUAACGCAUCUCCACUCCUGAUUUUUAUAUUUUAUUAAGGCACGACAAAGACUGUCCAGAAUCUCUUUAAUUUUUUAUUUUUCUACUUCUACUUAUGACUUAUAUUUUUAUAUAAAAUAGACACACAAAUAACAAAAAUAUAGAAAGGCACACAUCAUUUAGUUUUGGGUUUGUGCGUUAAAAAUGAAACUGAUCGUAACCUGGAGUGGAGCUAGCGUAGACCGUGUCAGUGUGGUGCCUUUUUUCAACAUACUGCUUUGCAUCUAGUUAGAAAUGGUUCCCAAUGCAUCUGUUUCACAGCCAGCCAUGGAAUAUGUCUGGAUUGACUCAAGCUUAUUUCCAGGUCCUGAUAAAUUAGGAAAUUGUAAAAAUGGAGCAGUCACGGCACUCUGAUAACCACACAGCUGCACAUGUAUCUCUCAUACUGGCAUUUGUUGCUGUGAAGCUGUUGUUAUGGAGUGCUGAGACAGAAAAGGGAGGGCAAAGGCAAUUCAUGUAAAUCAUCGGGAACAAAAAAAUUAGAAUCUAUAAAUCAAAAUGAAUAAAGCGCUGACUUUCUUGUUAAGUUUUACUGCAAGGACGUCUGUCCGUUGUUGUUGUUUUUUUUUAAUCCUUGCUUAUUUGAAAAAUUCUGCAGUAAGGGAAAAGAAAAUAAACUUUCAGGACAGUCCGCCCAGUCACAAUCUUCAUAGCGCUGUCUGUAAAGGCCAGUCCAGUCAGAGUGCUGAGUGCGUCAGACUGUGAGCGGGUAUGGGCUGCAUGCAGGAGCACCCCCACACACACACACACACACCCACACACACACACAAGCCUGAAUACACAGCAUGUGUGUGCUGAGCACAGUCAUUACACUGCAGAGUUCAGGGGACCACGAUCACUUUUUACCUGAUGCUUUUUUCUUAGUCUCAGUCUUAGUGCAAAAAAAGACUUCGUGUUGCACAAGUUCAGCUGCUGUGUGUUAGCUGGUGUGACACCAUGAAAGGGAAGCAGGACGCGAAUGGAAGACACUGAAUGGCAUUUAGAUGCUCUUCUGAGGAACGUUAGACCAUGUGGACUGCAUUUACUGUAUGUUGUCAGGGUAAUGUUUACCUGAUAUGUUGUUGAUGUGUUCUGAAAAUCAGAAAUAUAACUGAUCUAACA